AUGCAUCUGAUCAUGAAGAUUAGCUUCAUAAUCAGAUUGCAGUUCUUCAGAUUAAUUAAAACAGUCAAUUACUUUCACUCUAUCACUUCUGCUGCCACUCCUGCCUGCCAUAUCAUCUGCUCCAUCACCCACUCUAUCACAUCUGCUGUCUCUGCUCCUGUCAUUCACACUGCUGCUUCUGUUGCCUCUGGGGCCUCUGACUCUGUUGUGAGGCAGUGGAAGUUCAAUAUUAAGAUACUGUCAAAGAUGGCAAGAAGACCUGCUGAAGAGGAGGAGAAGAAAGAGAAUAAUGAAGAUGAUGAAGAUGAAGAAGAAGAAGAAGAAGAGAAGAAAGAAGAUGUGAUGAAGAUGAAGAAUAUUAAUCUGUCUAAUUAG